AUGGCCAGAAUAAAUGAUGACGAGGAUUGCCAAUACAGGUAAGGCCUGGCGGGAAUAUUGCACCCCCUUGGUUUUCAGAUGCAUUUUAACCGAAAAAAAUAAUAGCCUUCUAUUUCAACCGUGGAUUUCGUUUAAUGCCUCGACAGUCCGCCCUGAAUGCGACACAAUCGAAGUGAAAUGCACCGAAAAUGACAAAACAACUUAUGAAUUCCUGCAUCAACAAAUAUUUAGACGGUAAGUUUCUCAUGCAUAAAUGUUUUUCAAAGAUACCACCGAAUUUGAUAUCAAAAGGUAUCUCACAGAAACAUAAUCUCUGAGAUACCUCUUGAUAUCACAUUCUGCUUAUCUCUGACGUUUUUUUUUGAAGACAACCCUACAAUCCCCCACCUCAACAAACCCCUGGCAAACCCAAUGUCCAUGUCAUUUUACUCGACGCCGUAUCAAUGCCCCACUUCCUUCGGGCAAUGCCAAAUACAGCUCAUUUCUUGAAGAACGAUCUGGGUGCUCAUUUUUUCAAGUACCACAACAAAGCUGCCUACAACAGCGAACCUAAUGCUUUCAUAUUAUACAUGAACAAACUAACGCAAAAAUUAUUUACCGAUCCUACUGAAGCCAAUAUACCCUAUGAAAACGUCGAAUAUCUCGAUGCUUGUGCUGACAACAGCACUUAUAUUGGAAAGUUGUAUAAAGAUCAAGGCUAUCGAGUGAUGAUAAACGAGGAUUGGUCUGUUCAGAUCAAUCGGAAUUGCAUCUCAACCGAUGGAGACGUCUUUGAUCAUAGCUCAUUGUAAGUCUAUCUCAAAAAAUUCGGUACAAAAAGAGACAAGUGUCAACAAGGGUAAUUAUAUUUUGUUCUAGUCCCUACUGGACCUACAAAAAUGAAAAAUUUCCUUCAAGUUUUAUCGUCAAAUCUACCAAUCUUACUGGUCGUGAUUUCUACCAUUCAAAUCGAUGGAGAAAGUAUUGCCAUGACCGACAUUUAAUUAUGUUUGAUUACAUCAAGGAAUUCGUCAAAUCAUAUAAUAACGAGCCAAAAUUGUCAAUGACUUGGAUGCGCGUUUUGGCGCACGAUAACCGACGAGAUAUCUUUCAAUACGACGACGACUUUUUGAGAUUCUUCCAGGAGUUCAAAAAUGAGGUGCGCCUAAUCCAGUGGGGGACCUGA